GUCACUCUCAAGUUUCUGGAAAGAAGUCUUGAAAUUCUUCUCUUUCAUCGUUUCAGUAUUCCAAUGGACUCUCCCUUCUAGGAAACACCAACCAACAUAGCUUUCAUUAUCUUUCCAUUUUCGUCGUCAUGAGGCCUAUACUUGCGUGCAUAUAUAGGGUUUUAUAACUUGGGAAUUGAAGCAAUUGGGGGUUUAAGCGUCCAAGUUCCUGUCUGGAAAGCGAGAAAUUUUUUUAGGGCCGAGAAAUUUCGGUGAGUGAGAGUUACUGAGCGGGUGAUGUUUGAGUAAUGAAGAUGGUGAAUGCGCAGCCACUGCAGGCGAGGCCAUUCGAGGAGCCAGAGGACCAGCUGGUGCUGGUGCCGAUAGAGGUGGAAGGUGGAUCCGAAGACGAAUACCUGGAUGGAGGUGCCCCGCACGAGGCCAUGAAUGUAGUGGAAGAGGUGGAAGCUCGGGUGAAUAGCGGUUCCGUGUUGAAGUCUCGCACCAGCGAGCUCACAGUCGCGUUCGAAGGCGAGGUCUACGUUUUCCCCGCCGUUACGCCGGAGAAGGUGCAGGCAGUGCUACUACUGCUGGGAGGUUGUGAUAUACCUGAUAGUGUCCCUAGCUCUCAGUUUCUGCUACAACAGAAUAGCAGGGGUAUAGGUGAUACAUCACGUGGUUCAAAACUUUCGCGAAGAAUUGCAUCCCUUGUUAGAUUCCGUGAAAAGCGAAAAGAGAGAUGUUUUGAAAAGAAAAUUCGGUACACUUGUCGAAAAGAGGUUGCUCAGAGGAUGCAUCGUAAAAAUGGACAGUUUGCGUCUUUAAAGGGCACCUACAAAGCAGCUGCAGAAAAUGGGGAUUCAAGUGAUGGCACACCUAGUCCUGCAACUAUUUUACGUAGAUGUCAACACUGUGGUAUUAGUGAAAAGUCUACUCCAGCGAUGCGUCGGGGGCCAGCUGGGCCUAGAUCCCUUUGCAAUGCAUGUGGACUUAUGUGGGCAAACAAGGGAACUUUGAGAGAUCUUGCAAAAGCAGGAAGGACCAUUCCUCUCGACCAAAAUGAGCCUGAUACUUCAGCUGAUAUUAAGCCUUCGACGAUGGAACCUGAAAAUUGUUAUGCUGAUGAGGAUGAGCAGGGAAGCCUGAAUGAUGCAAAACCUGUACCUUUGGAGUUUAAAAAUCCUUCUACGAGGUCAGGUGAGCAGGAUUUCAUGCAAACGACGGAAGUUGUUACUGACCAUCUGUCCAUUGAACUGGAGAAUCCAUCCGUUGACCUUGGUGAUCAGGAAACUAUUGAUGAACUUGCGAAUGCUUCGGGGACAGAAUUUGAGAUACCAGAGAACUUUGAUGAGCAGGUUGACAUUGACGUUUCGAACAUGGGGACUGAUUGGCCAAGGAGCUGAAAGUGUGCUAUAACAUGGGGGGAAUAUGCUCUGGUUCUUGACUGGAAUGCAGGUACACUGCUGGUUUUUACUAACGUUAGAUAUCCAGAGGUGGUUUAUGUUCAUAGACCAAUUGACUUGUCGAUGCGAGUUGUACGACACACAUUUUACUUAUUUGAAUCAGUUGCGCCGUACAUUGCAUUGGAUCUAUUAUGUGAAUAAGUCCCCUUUUUCUUCGUUA